AUGAGCAGCCUUAGCAAUAAGGAAGUUCUUAUUAUCCUCGACAAUGUGAAGGAUUCUGAUCAACCAUUGUUAGAAGCAGUUUGCCAAGGGUACAAGAGCCACAGUCGAGAAAGUAAACUUAUUAUAACAACAACACAUAAGCAUUUGCUUGAAAACAGAGUUGAUUGGAUAUUUGAGGUCAAACAAUGGGACGACUCAAAAUCUAUAGAGCUUCCUAGCCUGAAAGCAUUCGAGGAAAGCAUCCCUGCAAAGCCUUAUGAGAUUCUAGUGAAUAAGGUUGUUAAGUAUGCCGGGGGAAUUCCUUUAGCUCUGAACCAAGUUUUUAUGCUAAGUUACUUGUUGAGAUUCGCAUGCCGCACAGCCAUGUCAAGAAACUCUGGGAGGAAAAGCAGAUUUUCCAUUCUGAUGACUCAGUACUUUGUGCAAUUGGAACAGGAACUUAAUAAUUUAGAAGGGAUCGACUUAAGAGAAUGCAAAGAGUUAGAAGAGCUUCCAGAUUUGUCUGAGGCUAAAAGACUCAGAUGGUGUGUUAAGGCCGAAAGGCAUUUGAAUUCUCUGCAGCACGUAAGUGUCAAAGGCUGCUCAAAUCUCAGAAUUUGUGUAUCGUCAGAUUUAAUUGAAAAAUUGGAUUUGAGCAACACAAAGGUUGAAAAGCUGGACAAAUCAAUUGGGAAAUUACUAAAGGUUGAAUGCCUCAUUCUAGAAGGUUCAAGAGUUAAGCAUAUUCCAAAGGAGCUAUCAGCCUUAAAAUUGCUUAAGAAGUUGAAGCAUUUAUACAGUGGACUAGAAAUUGACAAGCAUCAGCUGCAAGGCCUAUUUAACGGCUUAUCAUCUCUACAAAUACUACAUUUGAAGGAUUGUAGUCACUUGUUUGAAUUCCCUGACAACAUUGAUUCUUUAUCGAAAUUGCGCAAAUUAAGGCUAGAUGGAAGCAAUGUGACCUGGUUGCCUGCAACCAUCAAGUGUCUUCAAGAGCUGGAAAUUUUGUCCCUAAAUAAUUGCAAGUUUCUUGAGACACUGCCAGAGCUUCCAUCCUCUAUCAAGGAGUUCUCUGCUGAUAACUGCAUCUCAUUGGAGUCUGUAUCAUCUCUAAACACUCUGGCAACAAAGAUGGUGGGAAAGACGAAAUGCAUCUCCUUCAAUAAUAGCUUGAAAUUGUUGGCUGGACACACAUUGCAUUCGAUCAUGGAAAGCAUCCAUUCAACAAUGGUGAGUGCUGUAUCUAGCAAUGUCACGGUAAGAAGCUAUACAAUUGAUGUCCAUAGCUACAAUUACAAUAGUGUGGAGGUCUGUUUGCCAGGAGACACAAUCCCGAAGCAAUUUGCAUAUAAAACGGAGAAAUCCUCCUCCAUAACAAUUGAACUCCCUAAAUCUCCUUCCAAUUUUCUUGGCUUUAUCUAUUCAGUUGUUCUUUCACCGCGUCAUGGAAGGGAGAAGCACGGUGCCAAAAUCCAAUGCGAAUACAACUUUGCAGGAGGCAAGAAUUCUUCGUGGGAGGACAUAACUAUAAGUGAAUUGAACUCAUAUCAUGUAUAUAUAUGGUAUGAUCCAUUCUUCACUGACAAAAUUCUCGGACAAUAUGGGCCAAGUUUUCAUCUUAAGUUCAGUGUUGCAACUGACACGGGAAAUUGA